GAUAAACGAAAACGAUAGAGAGCAGAUCAGACGACAAAUAGUUUAAUGUCGUUAUUUGUUAUGAUUUAUUAAAAUUAAGAAUAUUAACUUACUCGCGUUAAUUUGACCUUCUUCAUAGUUUACGGAGUUAUUAAAUAUUCCAAAAUAUGCCCUACAGUAAUUGUAGUUAUAAUCAUUUUAUAAUCUAAAUACAAUUUGAUAAUAUAUUACCACAUUUUAACCUCACUCAGGUUUACAAAAAUCACAUGACCAAUGUUUCGUUAAAUUCUGUUAUUUAUAGCAUUUUAGAUUUUAGCUGAAAGUAAAUAACAAUCAAUAAUGGCUAGUCUUGGAAGUGUUAAAACCCCAGUAAAUGUCCGUUCUUUCUCUAAUUUCUAUGUAACAAUCCAUGGCAAAUAUCAUCAGCAACAGGUCCUUUUACUUAAUAGCGCUCAUUCAUCAACCAAACCAAUAACAGAAGACUCCAAAUGUGACAUGAUCGGACCUCCUGACCCUGUAUCUAAUUUGAGACCAAUAAAAUUUCAUAUCCCGGCCAAUGAGACGUCAAUAGAAAAAAGGUUAAGAUUGAAGCGACAGGAAGUUCAACAGUGGAAUCAAGACUUUUGGGCGUCACACAAUUCAAAAUUUGUCAAGCCUAAUUCCAUCAAUAGAUCAAGAUCGUUGGUUUUAUCCCAGCCCAAAAACAAUAGCAAUUCCGCAAAAUCUGUUGCCUCCGUACCAGGUGACCUCAAUGAUAAUGAACGGACAAAAAUACGGGAAGAGGUUUUUCAAAACUGGUUGCAAACUAAGAAACUAGAACGGUUGAGAAAACGGGAACAGGAGGAAAAAAUUAAACAGAUAGCCUUAGAAGAGAAACAAGUAAAAAGAGAGGCAGCGGAAAUUAGCUAUGCCAUCUGGAAGCACAAGAAAGAUGAAGAGAGAAAAGCCAAGGAAAUGAAAGAACGACAACUUCGAAAUGAGGAGCAUCAGCGACGUGAGGUUGAACUGAAGAAAACAGUGUCCAGAGAAAAAGUCUCAGAGUGGAUGAAGAUGGCAAAGUACAAACCUCGACCUGUCCCUAGCAACCUUGGCUUGAUAAGUUUAACAGUCACCAACCCCCCGAGCUACUACAAUCCUCAACCCUGGGUCAACCCUGAACCUGCAUGAUUUGAAUUGGAAAAAUAUAAAAUUUUAUUUUAUAACAUU